AUGACAUCAACAACAAUGAAGAGAUCAAUUGAUGCCACGGAUGAUGUCGACAACAGAGUUAUCGUACACAAGACUCGUGUGGUAUUCAAAGUGAUGAACUUUGCGAAGCGAUUGGACGCCAAUUGGACUGAAGUUAAAUAUAUUAAUAGUGAUAAAUUUAGUAUUGGAUCAGAUGAAUGGUAUUGUAGUAUUAAACUCGAUGGUGAAAAGUUUGGUCUGUAUUUACAUUUGUCCGCAAGCAGUGAUUUGCCGGUUGAAACACAAUACGAGUUGUAUAUCAUUGAAUAUAAUAAUCAAUUGUAUGAAUAUAAAGAUACUAACUAUGUAUUUGAAAAGAUUAAUGGUUAUGGUUGGCCAACAUUUACCACAAAACAACAAUUGAUUGAUAAUAAAGUCAGUCUAUUAGAUAAUAACACACUUACUAUUUGUAUCGAUCUUACGGUUCACAAGAAAAACAAUAAUCACCAAAACUGUGUCUCAAAACGUCGUUUCGCACAAUUGUUUGGUGUCAAAGAACUUACCGAUUGUCGACUGAUUGUCGACAAAGAUAAGAAAGAGUUUUUUGUUUCGAAGUUUGUUCUCAGUUUGAAAUCAGUUGUCUUCGAGAAAAUGUUUACCAAUGAUUGCAAAGAAAAGUCAGACAAUGAAGUGAUCAUCGAUGACGUGGACAGCGAUGUCUUCGAACAGUUCCUUAAAUAUCUUUAUACUAAUACCUGCGAUAAGUUGGUCGAUAUGUGUAAAGAUCUGCUAUAUGUGUCCGACAAGUAUAUGAUUGAACCGUUGAAGACUAUAUGUCUUAAUUUGCUAUAUUUGCGGAUCAAUUGCAACAAUGCUUUAGAAAUUAGGAAAACUUUGAAAGACUUUGGAGCCGAUGAAGAACUGAUGAAAAAAGUCAAUCAAUAUAUCGGUGAAAACAUUACUUCAGUUAUCAGUAAAGAGUUUAUCGAUAUGUAUGGCAUCGAUCCGGAAGAAGUGCCACAAAUUGUCUGUCAUUUUGAUAAACAUUUGCCAAAAGUUAACACAAAACUUAUGUUUUAUACAUACGAAUACAUUAAUUAA